GCUUCGCUCCACAUUCAGAGGAAACAUGGACCAAACAGCUCUGAUGCUGCUGCUGUGUCUCUGCAGCUCAGCGCUGGCUGAUGAACUCAGACUGGUAGCAGGAAGGAGUCGCUGUGUUGGCAGACUGGAGAAGAAGGAACGGGGAGACUGGGAACCAGUGAAGUAUUGGGACUAUAAUCUUUCUGCAUCCACAGAUUCAGUCAGGCUGGUUCCAGGGACCAACCGGUGCUCAGGCAGACUGGAGGUGAAGACCAACCAGUCGUGGUCCUCAGUGUGUGAAAAAGACUUUGACCUGCAGGAUGCACAGGUGGUCUGCAGGGAGAUUGGCUGUGGGCCUCCUUCAGUCCUCCAGGGGGCGCUCUAUGGAGAAGCAGAGGCUCCAGUGGGGAGCAGAGAGUUCCUGUGUGAAGGCAGUGAGUCUGCUCUGCUGAACUGCAGCAGCAGGAAGAGUUCAGGUAGAAACAGCUGCUCACCUGGUCAAGCUGUUGGACUCACCUGUUCAGACAUCAGGUUGGUGGGAGAGGCCAGUCGAUGUGCCGGGAGACUGGAGAUGUUCCAUCAUGAAGAGUGGAGACCAGUGGCUGUUUGGACUAAUUACUGGGACAUAAACUCAGCUCCUGCAGUUUGUGCUGCACUGGACUGUGGUUCUGCUGUUUCAGCAAGAAAUUCAUUUGGAGGUACAGUGAGACCAGUUUGGAGGAUCUGGUCUGACUGUUCUCAGUCAGGAUCUGCAUUAAAAAUCUGUUUACCUGCUGAUGAAACCAGUAAUCAGAGCAAUGAGAUCAUCUGCUCAGAUUCAGUCAGGCUGGUUUCAGGGACCAACCGGUGCUCAGGCAGACUGGAGGUGAAGACCAACCAGUCGUGGUCCUCAGUGUGUGAAAAAGACUUUGACCUGCAGGAUGCACAGGUGGUCUGCAGGGAGAUUGGCUGUGGGCCUCCUUCAGUCCUCCAGGGGGCGCUCUAUGGAGAAGCAGAGGCUCCAGUGGGGAGCAGAGAGUUCCUGUGUGAAGGCAGUGAGUCUGCUCUGCUGAACUGCAGCAGCAGGGAGAGUUCAGGUAGAAACAGCUGCUCACCUGGUCAAGCUGUUGGACUCACCUGUUCAGACAUCAGGUUGGUGGGAGAGGCCAGUCGAUGUGCCGGGAGACUGGAGAUGUUAUAUCAAGAACAGUGGAGACCAGUGGAUGUUUGGGAUCGUUUCUCGGACAUGAACUCAGCUCCUGCAGUUUGUGCUGAACUGGACUGUGGUUCUGCUGUUUCAGCAAGAAAUUUAAAUGAAGCUUCAGAGAGACCAGUUUGGUGGAUCUGGUUUAACUGUUUGCAGUCAGGAUCUGCAUUAAAGAUCUGUUUACCUGGUUAUAGAACCAGUGAUCAGAGCCAUGAGAUCAUCUGCUCAGGUCUGCUGGUUGAGCCGCUCAUCUUCCUCUCUUCCUCCACUGACGGGGUCUCCACAGGCAGAAAGCAGGGGUCUGAGCUCCUCAUUGGCUCAGAGUUCAGCAUCAUGUGCUCCAUCAGGCCUCAGUAUGCAGGCGGCUCCUUCCAGCUCAUCUUCAGCACCUCUAACUACACUCAGAACCAGACCCUGCCAGCUGUUAAUCACUCCGCCCUCUUCCUGUUCGCUGCUGCUGGCCACGCCCACCAAGGAACCUACCGCUGCCUUUACCACGUCUACGUUUUCUCCCAUAACUUCUGGUCUAUGAGCCAGCCUCUCAACCUCACUGUCUCAGGUAAACUCAUGGAGUCCAUCAGGAGAAGUUCUGCUUCAGCCCAUCUCACUGCUUUGAUCAUCAGACUGGUUGUCGUCCUGCUGGGAAUGCUGGGAAUGCUGGGAUCCGUCCUGCUCCUCAACUAUAAGGCCAGGAGAAACCAGAAGUCUGGACCAGAAAACAUCAUGAUGAACGUUCUUGAUGAAGGAUCCAGAGCUGAAGGCGGCUUAGAGGAGGAGGCUGCAGUCUGAAGGAACCAGGAGAAAAUCAUCUUGGUUUCACAUCCACAGGAAGGAGCAGAGACACGUUUCAGACUCCUGGGAAUCUGUCCGUCUAUUUAUCUAUGAUAAAAUGUCUCUGAGCUCCUGCAGCAGGAAGGAAGUUCAACAUUCAGAAAUUUGUAUCUGGACUAAACCUACAGAAGUAAAACCUAUAUAAGAAGGGAAAAGAAAACAUCCACCAAACAAAAUAUAAUAGAAAACCCACUUGAUCAAAAUCUGAUCAUCAACCUUGCAAGGAUAGCAUAUGCUAGGAUAUUUGGGGUCAAAGGUUAGGCAGCCAUUUCCAUUCAGGCCCUGAAUCCAGCUUGUGUCCUUGUCUUGGUUGGGGUUAUGAAUCAGACUUUAGCUGUUUCUCUGAACUCUGUAUUA